UAAUAAAUUCAUCAUUAUAUUUGUGUGUCACCUUUCGUUACUAUAAAUAAUUCCAAAAUUACUUCGAAAUGUACAAAAAUCCGUCCACUGCUUUGAUGCCCCCGUGCCCGUGCCACCUGCCGUCGGCGCAUCACUGCGGCAAGGAGCUGCGGGAGCAGCGCGCCGACUUCUUCCAGCGGGACAUCGAUGACAUUACGGACAGCGUGAUGCAGGUGAUGCGCAUCUGCGGCCUCAAGGCCUGGGAGGUGAGGCGCACCAGGCCGGUGAUCAGGCGCUCGUUCCAGCACUACGACGAGGUGCGCUACAGGAUUGACCGGGUGCCACGCAAGCGAUUCUGCAAGGAGACCUUCAUCCAUGGGCUGGCCCACGAGGCGCAGAUGUCGCGCAUGGACGCCCAAAUCGCCUACUCCAUCGUGAAGAGGGCGUUCAAGGCGUACUAUCACGGCACCGCGACGGAGGGCAAGCGGCUCAAGUCCCUGAUGGAGGGCAUGACGCAUCGCCAGGAGUGCCUCUGGCUGCACGCGGCCAAGCGCACCGCCGAGAUCUACGCGUCCUACGCGGGCCUGAUGCACUCCGAGCAGCUGCAGUACGCGGAGCGCUUCGAGUGCGUCUACAAGAGUCUGUACGAUGUGCUCUCUGCCCGCGUGAUCUGGGACGACGAGAACCACUGCCGCUGCGGCUGGACCUCCGCGAUGCCGUCCCAGGCCACCACAAUCACCACAAUUACCACCGAGAUCGAGGUGCUGUACCACAAGCAGAACAUGGCGCCCAGCAGCGCCCCCUCCGGUACGGCCGUGGUCCCCAGUCAGCUGUCCGUACAAGUGACAGAGGUGCUCGUGGAUAUGCGUUCUGCGCCAGUGCUGGUGCCGGGCAGCGAGGUCAGCUCAAAGUCGUCCCGAUACAACCACGGCCUGAAGAGGGUGAACCCGAAGAAGUCGUCGAGCAGGCCGCCCACUGUGGAGGGCUCCAAGGCGAGCGUGCGGAAGCGCAAGGAGCCGUGCAAGUGUCCGCCGCUGCAGUGCGACCGGGAGUUCGAGCGAGAGGCGCCAGAGAUCACGGCCGAGUGCAGCCAGGGGCCGUACGUGUGCCGCUGGCUGCACUACGACGAGGCGGAGGAGCAGUUCAAGGAGCACCGCGUGCCCUUCCCGCCCAUGGAGGUCAUCUGUCCACCCUGCGCCAAGGACGACCUGCCCUGCGAUCCCGAAUGCACCUGCACCUGCGACAUCUGCACCUGCGAGCCCGCCUACGAUGAGGCGGCUGGGGAGGAGGAGCACCGCGGGGAGAAGCUCUCGGGCACCGGCAUCGAGGACAACGACACCGACUUCUGCUGGUUGGCUCCGUUCCGCGACUGGCCACGGGUUGACGACGAGGUGGCGGUGGUGGUGGAGCCGGAGGAAGAGGCCAGCCAGACCCCCAACUCCGAGGAGGAGGAGGCCCUCUUCAAGUGCCGCUGCACCUGCGAGAUCAAGCAGCGUGCCUUCCCCCAUCUCUUUACCUACUUGGCUCCCUUUAAGCCGAUCAAGCCCGCUGAUGUGGAGGUGCCUGCCGUCCAGGCUCCUGAGAAGGCCGUGGAGGAAGACAGCACCGAGGACCUGUUGGCGAAGCCUCCGCCCUGCGGUGUCUCCCUGGCCACCUACCGCUGCUGGCUGCAGCCCCCACCCACCACGCCCAGCGAGUCGCAGUCCCUGGCAGAUGAAGAGCCACACAUCGCAGUGCUGGCCCAAGCAGCAAAGCCCAAGACAGCUGGCAUCACCAUGGAUGUCACCGUCAAGGGGCAGCACCACCAACAAGCAAGGCAAGUGGCCAAGGCACCAGCGCCCACAGCAAGGCCUCAGAAGUCUGCCACGAAAACGCCCGAUAUAAGGAUCACAACCCCAGCUGCAGCAGCUCCCAAAGCACCGCCCAAGCCAGCUGCUGCGUCUGUUCCAGCACCAGCACAAGCUCCUGUCGCGGCUGCUCCAGCGGCCAAGCCAGCGCCAACUCAGGCUCCGGCUCCGGCUCAGGCAAACCAAGAGGAAAAGCUCACAAAGGAGGAUAUUUUGAACAUCAUUGGACUGUAAUACGCUUCAUUAUUGGACCCGCACCCGGGAAUGUUUUUGAUUAAAAGAGCACCUCCUGCAUAGGUAUAGGAUUGUGCUUCGCCCCAAAGCUGGCCAUUCCUUU